AGCAAAUCAUCAAUGGGAAAACAACUCACUUUAUAUUGAAAAUAUCAUGUGUUAAGAUAUUCUUGGAAACUCUCAUCUUUGUAUAUAUACAUCUUCUAUCUCAACAAAUCAAUACAUUGAUGGCAUCUUCCUCAUCGUCUUCUCCUUCUGCUCCGGCCUUUUCUUUCCGGUCAUGGAAGUACCAUGUUUUUCUUAGUUUUAGAGGAGAAGAUACUCGCAAUUCUUUUGUGGGUCAUCUCUAUUCAGCACUUGAACAAAAUGGGAUAUACACUUAUAAGGACGAUGAAACACUUACUCGGGGUGAAUCAAUCGGUCCAUCGCUUAUGAAGGCAAUCGAAGAAUCACAAAUUGCCAUCAUUGUAUUCUCUGAAAACUAUGCAAACUCAUCGUGGUGCUUAGAUGAACUUGUGUAUAUUAUGAACUGCAAGAAUACUAGGGGCCAAAUCAUUCUACCCAUAUUUUAUGAUGUGGAUCCCUCUGAAUUACGAAAGCAAAAAGGGAAGUAUGCAGAAGCGUUUACCAAACAUGAGUUGGAGAACAAGACCAAGGUUGAAUCUUGGAGAAAAACCCUUGUGGAUGCAAGUAACAUUGCUGGGUGGGAAUCGAAGGACAUUGCCAACAGGCAUGAAUCCAAGUUUAUCAAAGAAAUUGUCAACACAAUUUUACCUAUGUUGCAUCCAGUAACUUCAAGUGUGAAUGACAACCUGAUUGGAAUAGAGACUCGCAUGCAGCGCUUGAAAUCAGAGUUAAAAAUCGGGUCAGGCGGUGUGAGUAUGAUUGGAAUAUGGGGGGUUGGAGGUGGUGGUAAGACUACUCUUGCAUCUUCUAUUUAUAGUGAAAUCUCUAACAACUUUGAUGGUUGCUGCUUUGUUGAAAAUAUUCGAGAGAAAUCAAGUAAGUAUGGUUUGGAAAAUUUGCAAGAAAAAAUUCUUUCUGGUGUUUUGAAGCAAAAUAAAGUGAAGGUUGGGAGCAUUGAGGAAGGAAAACGCAUGAUAGUGGAUAGGUUAUGCCGUAGAAAGGUCUUGAUUGUUCUGGAUGAUGUUGAUCACCUUGUCCAACUAAAAGCAUUAGCUGGAUCACAUGAUUGGUUUGGUGAAGGAAGCCGAAUUAUAAUCACAACUAGAGAUAAGCAUUUAUUAAAUGCACAUAGAGUAAAAUUGAUGCACAACAUUAGGUUGUUAAAUGAUGAUGAGGCUAUUAAGCUCUUUUGCAAGCUUGCACCCCAGGAUAACAGACCUAAGGAAGAUUAUGAACAGCUUUCAAAAGAUGUUGUUUCUUAUGCUGGGGGGCUCCCACUAGCACUUACAGUUCUCGGUCCUUUUCUGUCUGACAAAGACAUUGAUGAGUGGGUGAGUGCUUUAGCCAGACUGAAACAGAUCCCAAAUGAUGAUAUUGUGGGAAAGCUAAAAAUCAGCUUUGAUGGACUUACAAAGGUUGAGAAAGACUUGUUCCUUGAUAUUGCAUGUUUUUUUAGGUGGGAGAAGAAAGAUAGGGCAAUGGAGAUCCUUGAUGCUUGUGGUUUUCAUCCUGGUAUAGGAGUGAAGGUGUUGGUACAAAAGGCUCUCAUAACCAUUUUGGAUGGAAGGUUUGAUAUGCAUGAUCUGGUGCAAGAACUGGGACACCACAUUGUUCGAGGGGAAGACCCUAACUAUCCUGAGUUACAUAGUAGAGUCUGGAAGAGGGAAGAUGUUCUAACAAUAUGUGCUAUGGAUGCAACCACGGAAGUUGACAUGAUUGAAGCAAUAAGAUAUGAUUCUGGUACUAUAUAUGGAUUAUCACAUCUUCCUCCAGUUGUUGCAAACACGAAGAACCUUAGGUGGAUUGAUUGGCAAGGUGAUCUUGCAAGUCCAUUGCUUACUAAAUUUCCACAAAGAAAGCUUUGUUGUCUAAUAUUGCACGACAGUUUGCAAAAACAACUUUGGGAGGGUUAUAAGAAUCUGCCAACUUUAAAAAUCAUAGAACUUUAUGGUUUGGAUAACCUACUCAUCACACCUGAUUUUCGUGGACUUCCGAAUCUUGAAAGAUUCAAACUCAUUGCAUCUUCGCAUUUAGAAGAGAUUCAUCCAUCGAUUGGACAUUUGGAAAGGCUUGUUUUCUUAUCUAUAGAAACUUGUUCCAGACUUAAGAGGUUUCCACCCAUUACCCGACUAAAGAAACUCAAGACCCUUUCAUUCUCAGAGUGCCCUGGACUUUUUAAGCUCUCAGAGAUCCAACAAGAGAAGAUGGACAAUUUACCACAUCUUCAUUUAGAUAGUAGUGGUGUUACAGAAGUUCAGAAACCAGGAAAGGGCAUUAAUGUAAAAUAUUGGUUAGAGGGGUCUUCUUUACCUCGUAACAACAUGAACCACAUACGAUUAUGCUUUUUUCGCAGAGACUUAAGAACGUUGAAUCUCAGCUUGUGCAAUUUGGGAGAUGAAGACAUCAGCUCUUCUGUUUGGGAAUUGCCCAACUUGCAAGAACUCGAUCUUUCAGCAAAUAGGUUUUCACGAUUAUGUUUUAGUCUCUUGAGACUUCCUAGGCUCAAAUUUCUCAAUGUGACAAACUGCCUAAGCCUUGCAGAAUUGUCAGAGCUCCCAUCAAGUAUAGCUAUUCUAAUGGCGGAUGAGUGUUUGUCACUUGAAAGAUUUGGAGAUAUUUCAAAGUGUAAAUGGUUGUGGAAACUCUCGCUUCAUGCUGGCUACAAAGUAGGUCCACUUGGUGGUGACUUAUUACUACACUCCAUGCUCCAGGCUUCAAAGAUGGGGUAUUUUGUAGACUACGGUGAUGGCAGACUCCGACGAAGACAAAAGCUGAAGAGGGAGAAACAGGGGAGGAGUGGCGGAGCAAGCCAAUCGAGAGGAAAGUGUCAAAGCCUCAAACAGCACGAAGGGAAAAUAAAGAAAAUGACUCGGACAACUAUGUUUUUUCUUUGGACCCAACCAGGGGUUAAACAGACCGAGUAAGGGCCUCAAUGCUUUUAUCAAACAUUCUGAUUGUGGACCGAUUCAGUAAAACCUUCUGACUGGACCUAGUCAGAACAAAUCAAACAACCCCUUAAUAGCAUUGUCAUUACCCUAUUGGUGAGUUUCUAUAUAUUAUGCUAUUUAUUAAAAUUAAUUUUUUGUAUUUCUAAUUAUCUUUUGUGGGUUCUACUCUUUUUACAGCCACAUCAGAACUCUCUUAUCUUACAUGCAUUUAUCGAUAUUUUUUGUGACCAUGGGACCAUGGAUAAAAUCAAGACAGUAAUCAUCCCAAUAUUAAAAAUUAUUCUCUUCAUAUGAAAGUAGUAUUAAUUCGCACCAUCAUUUGGUAAAUAUUUUUUACAAUUUUUUUUAGGUAUUUGAGACUAAACCAAGUAGGAAGAUACUUACAUUUGUGGUGAAUUUCUUUGUGGUAUAUUAUCUCUUAGGGUACUUUUGUUUGUUAGAACUAUGAGUAAUAUUUCAACAUUUAGGUAAACAUUAAAGUGAGUAAACUAUAGGUAGAUUUUUUAAAGUAAUUAGAAGAAAUGCAAGUUGGAGGCAAUACAUGUGAGUGUUCACCAGUUGAUUACCCCAUUUCCUUUUUUUAUAUUACAUUGUUGCUAACUAUGGAUUUAAAGUCUUGUUUUGAUAUGUUGCUGAUAUUGGUUCAGUUGUGUUCUUUUUAUCUUAAUCUUUCCAUAAUUAAAAGAAAUAUGCUUUUUAUUCAUUAAUUUUACAGGGUUCUAUAUGCAUGACACUACCAGUUGAAUAUAUGUAUAAAGGGAGUAAAGACUUGAAUUUUUCUUGUUUCAUAACAAAAACAUAAAUAAAAUCAUUUAGGUUCUAUUUGAUGUGUGGUAAUGGUGGCGGUGACGGUAACAGUAGGUGGAUGAGGGUGGUGGUGGUGACAGCGGGGGUAGGUGGUGGCGGUGGUGGUGGGUGAUGGUGGCGGUAAAAGAACAAUUAUGCUUAUUUUUGAGCAAACAAAUUUCAUCACCAAUUCUUUUGAAGGGGUUAGCUCUCAUUUUCACACAUAAUGGCAUUUUACUUAUAGAUUAUUAUCCAUAUUAACAUUCUACUCACAUUUUGGUAUCAGUAAUAUUAAUUAGUGACUGAUAACUUACAGUGUCCUUAAUAGCAUUUUGAUUUUUUUUUCUAGGAGGACUCUGAAGAUGGUAAAGAAAAUGGAGAAUCCAAUGACCCACAAAGUACAUUGCCCUUUGUUAGAAUCUUGGAUUUUGACUGAAUGAAUUUCUGUAUGAAUGGAUGUAAAUGACUAAUACUCUUCAUAGAGGCUGCACUUUUUGGGUAAAGAUAGGAUAAUGUUCAUGAUUUUACAGUUGAACGUAUCUCAAUAAAAUCUUCCCGUUUUAUCCA